AUGCGGGGCGCAUCAGCCGUGUGUUUGCUUUGUAUAGCCGCACCUUUGACCAGCGCGUUGUCGCUGGUCAAGAAGGAUGCGCCGGCGGUGUUGGAGUUAGGGAUUCAGCAUCAUCCGAACGCUGCGAGAUCAUACGCAAAAAGAGAUGACGGUUCUUUCCGGCUGCAGUCCAAUUUCAAUGUUCGCGAGAACUUUUUCCAUGCGAAUAUCUCUGUCGGAAGCCCGCCGCAGUGGAUGGAAGUCCACCUGCACGUUGGCACCGACCAGACCUGGUUCCAGGCCGCCAAUUCCACCUCAUGCCAGUGGUACAGGAAUCACAUGGACUGCGGCGGCCAAGGAGGAUACAACUCGAGCGCAUCGAAGACCGCGCAAUGGGUCGGCUCCGGGUUCAAGGAUAUCGACUACUCCGGCGAGGGCGCGGUGCUGACCGACGUGGUGGAUCUGGGCGCGGUGAAGCUGGAUGCGAUGGAGUUUGGGGUGGUCUACGAUGGCAUUACGGAGAGCACCCUCGGGCUCGGAUACGGACUCAACAACUCCACGUCCAUCUCGCUGCCUCAUGCGCUGGCCAACGCAGGCUUCAUCCAGUCGCCCGCCUUCAGCAUGUGGCUGGAACCCGGGACCUUGCCCAGGUUAUCCGCCUUGAACAACGGCAGUGUGCUGUUUGGCGGCGUCAACAAGGCCAAGUACAUUGAGCCCUUGUACACACUGCCCAUCGUGCAGCCCGCGGGCCUCCCCAAAGCGUUCCGGGUGGAAAUGACGGGCCUCUCCCUCUCGACGGAGAAAGGGACCACCACCGUCAACACCGAGCCCUUCCCCUUGGACGCCAAGCUGGAUACCCGGACCAGUGUCACCUGGGUUCCCGAGGCCGUCACGAAGCAGCUGUUCGCCCAGUUGAACGUCACGGGCGUCGCCGACGAAGGCCAGGUCAUGAUGCCGUGCGACUCGGACGCCAACGUCACCUUUUCGUUUGGCGGCGCCAGCUUCGACCUUCAGCUGUUCAUGUUCCUGUCGCAACAGAGCCCCAUCAACCUGGAAAUCUACAAUGGGAGCUGCUACCUUGGGAUUGUGCCCAACACGCGUCUACACAAGGACGAGGGGAGCGUCAUCCUCGGCACGAAUUUCUUGAAGUGGGUGUAUGCAGUGUAUGACAUGGGGAGUGACCGGGUGUCGCUGGCCAAGAGAAACUGGGCCCGGCCACUUCAUGACGAGAUCCUGGAGAUCACGCCCCAGGGGGGGAUUCCCGAUGCGACGGUGGUGAACAGCUUCGGUGGUGAUCAGGGAGAUGGAGCAAGCAAGGCAGACAACAAGACUUCGGCCUCAGACAAAGGAUCGGACAAAGACAAGUCGGGCUCAUCGCGCCUCGAGUUGGCCACUGGGCUCGGAUGGUGUCUGUUCAGCGCUUUGGCUUUUGCAUUUGUAUAA